ACAUCAUGACUUAUUUAAAGUGAUCAUAGAUUGAUUUAUGAUGAAAAGGACAAAGAGGCUUGAACCAAUGGUCUGAUUGUUCAGACAGUGAGUUUAAGUUUAAGUGGUGUUUAAACCCCAUCGUACAGACUGAAGCGUGCAUGGUUUUAAGCACAGAGUUAAGUUUUGCUCAACGUGACAACUGUAGAGUGAGAGAGCGCCGAAGAUGGCAAGGCGUUGGUGGGGUGAGGGGUUGAAAGAAGAAGCAGAUGCAGAAAAAUUGUGAAAAAGGGGGGCAUUGGCUCUUUCUGUUUGACUCAGUCUGCUAUCUACUCCGUCGUCUUUGUGUGUGUGUGUUUGAAACCCCACCUCCCCCCAGUGCUUCUCUCCUCCCCUCCCCUCACCUCCUCCUCCAGUCUCCGGCUGAGGAAUCCCAGGCAGCGUUUAAUUGCAGAGUGCAAAGGCUUUAGUUGGUCUAAUGAGCUCAGGACCGGAGCUGGGACUCUUCCGCGCACUCUCCGAGAGACAGGAAUCCUUUUCUCCUGAGGAAGCUCGCAGCGCGGCUGGAUCUUAGGUGGAGGGGAGGAGCAGGAAUUCAUGAUUUCAGAAGGCUCCCAGACCACGGGACACCACCGAUUCAUUCAGCACAUCAACACCGCGGCCCCCUGCUCCUGCCGGCACUGCGUCCGCCACGAGCAGCCGGCGCACGGCCAUCGCGGCGAGACGGGAUACCAGCCGGCACCAGCCGGACGGACGGACCGCGGGAGAGACACCCGGGCCCCCGGGGUCAAAGACGCAGCUUCGGUGGCGGCCAGAGGUGGGGGAAGCGGUCGUCGCAGCCCACAGAGGAGGCCUGUGUUCGCAGGGCCGGACCCUCGCAGCCGGGCGGACGGCGUGAGGCAGGCGGGCCCCUGGGAUUUGGACCCUGCCCAGUGGAGCUGCCCGCCGGAGCCCGGGGUGAGACACUGCCCGCCUGUCAGAGAACAAUGUGGCUGUGUGGCGCGCGGCGACACCAGGGCGCACCCCUUCCACGCCGGGAUACCGCACCCUCUCCCCCAUCUGCAGGUCAGAGGUCAGGGGUACAGGCGCCGGAGGACCGUCAGCUACGUCACAGUGGAAGAGGAGGACUGCGGAUGCAACUCCGGGGGCCAUCAUUCGGAGCCACACGAUCCCCGUCUUGGUCAGAUACGCGCGGCGAAUGGCCACUGCGGUCCGAGGGCCGGGUUCUUUGAGGGAGGGGAGGAAACGGAUAGCCAUCAGGACCGGGGCAGACUAAAGGGAGGACCAGGGGGGGGCUGCAAUGGACACGGCGGCCCUCACAAAGGUUUCUUCCCCACGGAAGUCCCACAAACACACUUGAAGCAGAGACAGAAUGGCCCCCGCGUCGUACAUCCUGGCAUAUCCAGUCCGGCGACCAACGGGGACCAUCGGAGCCGAGUUUGCGGGGAUGUGGCGAAGCAGAAGAGGAGGCAAGACUUGGUGAGGGAUAAAAUCAGACAGGUGGUGACAGAUCUGGAGGAUGUGUUGGGGGGUUUGAAGCAAGUUCACGUGGAGAUGAAAGAGGUGGUCCAGCAGAUUGAUCGCCUCACAGCCAGAAUCGACCUCAGCGAGGAGACGUCCUGCAUCACUCACGCCGGGGCCUCCGUUAACUUUCACGGCUCAGCUCCUCCAGACGACCUCACGGCGGCCCGGCGGCCCGAUCUCAAGUCCGCUCCUGUUCCGGCGAGGCAGCACGUCGACGAAGACCGCGUCAUACUAAGAACUAACUCUCCGUCGCCUGUUCACGUGGCGUCGGUCGUCAAGACGAGCCGCUUCACGCCACCCGGCAUCGCCAAGGACGCCGACCGCGAAAGGACAGGGGUCAACGGCCACGCGGCUCCCCCCCACCCCCUCAGAGGCUCCAACCACGUGGGCCAAGCCCACCCUGAGCCCCGCCCACAGAGCCUGGACCCCAAGGUCACCGUUGUUAACAGCACCUCCAGCUCAAGGACUCAGAAGCCUCCUCUGUACCCCCAAAACGGGCGCUGUGGGAAAGGCCCGCAUCUGCCCCCCAGGCCCGCGAGGACCCCUGCCUGCCCCGCGAGGGGCUGCCACAACGCCAGCAAUGUGUGA